CGCUUGCUAGCUACGGCUAGCAGUUCGUUGGCUGCUGCCAAGAGGCGACAAGUUCACUUCCGCUUUGGGCAGAACAAAAACUCAAAACCAAGACGCCAAAAAACUCUUGGGGGAGCUCCGCUCUCGACUCAUCGGACCCUGAGCUUUUAUGCCUAACUUUUUAGUUCCACAUAAAAGGUGUUUUUGGAAAAGCAAGGACUGUGAAAAAAAGCCGCCGUCGAGACUGUCAUGUUGAACACAGACGAAAGUUCCUGGUUAGCGGGCUCGCGGCUGCCCGGCUCUAUUCCUCAGCCCCCGGGGCCUCAGUGGUGCUCCGAUGCCCCUCACCCACAGCUGAAGAUCCCGGGUGGGCGAGGGACAGUCAGGGAUCACUCCCUUGGCGUGCUACUACACAAGGAUGAGAGGUUGACUGUGACGCAGGCCACGGAGGUGAACGGGAACCCCUCACUGCUGCGCUUCCGCUACCAGCUGAGCGAGCGCCGCUCGGCCUUCUGGGAUACGGCUCUGUCGGAGGACAGCCUCUUCCUGGAGAUUCCCGCCGGCCCGCUGGCCGAGGGCAGCAAAGAGGGGCUUACCGCUCUGCUGGAGUUUGCCGAGGAGACGUUAAAGGUGAACUCCGUCUUGCUGUGGUUCCACAAAGGCCGAGAGGAUCGACUGUCCAUCAUCAAGACGUUCCACUACAUGGGCUUCGAGAUGGUGAAGCCGGGCGACCCCUCGGUUCCGGCCCGGCCCGACUUGGCCUUCAUGGUUUACUCUCUGGACAGCAGCAGCAGCUCGGACGAGGACUGAGCCGACGUGGGAGCUUUUCGACUGCCCUCCCUCCUUUUUGCUCUCGCUUCUGGGAUUGAGGGUAUUUUUUUAUUUUAUUUUUUUUUUCCUCCAUGUCGCCCGGAGACUGCGAGCAAAAUCGCUUGAAACUACCUUGUCACGUACUCGCUUUUUCCUCCCCGUUUCCUGCCUUGUUUUUUUUUUUUUUUUUUUUUGGGGGGGGGGCACUAUUGACAACAGCGCGUCGACCUUUUGAAGACGCUCGUAUUGUUUUUUUUCGAGAAGACUUGAAUAACCUCUACGUGACUGGAACGGAUAAUGAUCCAAAUUUAGCAUUGAUGGGCCAUUCUGAGAAUAACGUCUUGCCAAUCACAAGUCACCGACUGCUCGAGUUUCGACGUCGGUGGGGAUCCCGCCUCAGUGAUCUGUUAAAAAUUGGAGAUUCUAUGAUAAAUCUAUUUUAAUCUUCAUGGAUGGUUCUGGGACGUCAUUUUCCGGUCUUGUUUUACACCAGCAGAUGGCAAGGGUCAAUAAAACUAACGAUUUAAAAAAAAAAAAAAAAAAAAGAAGAAGAAAAGAUUAAUUUGAUGUCGGAAUGGUGCAUUUGUUAGUGAUUGAGGUUCAUCGGAAGUCAUUGGCCGGUCCGGUUCGUUGACAUCGCGGAUCAAGGUUCAGUUGACAUAAACGAGGCUCGGGGAACCACGUGGAGCUGAAACAAAAAAUGGAAUCUUUGACUUUGACCUUUUGAGGCACCAUUCAGCUCAGUCAUUCCAUUUCAAGUCUUGUUAUGGUUUCCCUCGAACAGCCGUUAUGACUGUGAAUCGUCUUAUAUUAUAUUAGUAAAUACACAAUACAUUUAUAGAUAACUACUGCAAUUCCCGGCCUAAGAGCGCACCUGGUGAUGAGCCUCGGUCCACAGAAAGAGUUUAACGCUAGCGCGGCGGCGCUAACGCUAAUACUAGCGUGGCGAUGCUAAAGCUAGCGUGGCGAUGCUAAAGCUAGCGUGGCGAUGCUAAAGCUAGCGCGGCGGCGUUAACGCAAGCUCGGUGGUGCUAAUGCUAGCUCGGUGGUGCUAAUGCUAGCGUGGCGGUGCUAAAGCUAGCGCGGCGGUGCUAAUGCUAUCAUGGCGGCGCUGACGCUAACUAGCACGGCAGCUGUGAAAAAAAGUCACGGCUUGUAGGCCGGGAAUUACGGUAGUUUUGAAAUCAUAAGCUAAUGAAAACUGCUCAGUGAUUUUUAUUUUUAUUUUUUUUAUUUCAAACGGGGCCGGUAACUAAAAAUGCAACCAAUUCUCCAUCAAUUGUGGUAUUUUAGCGGGAAACGUGGAGCUGACCCACAUGAUUUGGAUUUCGUGGACCGCAUUAAAUGCUGCGGUGGGCCGGAUCUGGUUUGACGGCUAUGUUCUAUUCAAAAGUCUUUGGUUGGUCUAGUUUAUCAACAACAAGGAUUCCAUGUGACUAAAAAAAAAAGUUAAGAUGUAGAUUGAUUUAAACCAAAAAAAAAAAAACUGAAUUGUUCAGUUACUAAAAGUCAUUGGCCGGUCUAAGUGCAUCUGUAUUAAAAAAAAAAAAAAAAAAAACGGAGGCUUACCAAAUUUACCAAAAUAUUUGAAUGAGAGAUGACAAAAAUGGAUUGGCGAUCAAACGUGGGCACGUAGAUGAAGAAAAAUCAUUAAAUUCAUAACAAUUAUGGUCGUUCAGUGGCCUCAUUGGUGGAGCAAUAAAAGCAAAUUCAAGUCUCGUUCAAAAUUUGCGCAUCUUAAACGGCAACCGUCAAAGUCUUUGGCGGGUCCGGGCCGUGUCCUUGCGCACCUUGAGAGUUUGCGUUUGUUCCUUUUGAGUCUUAAGGAGGAAUGUUUUUGUUUUGACCCCCCCCCCCUCCUUUUUA